AUGGCUAGAGAUGGAAGCACUGUUCCUGCAGAUCAUCCUGAUCAGUCUCCUUUGAAUAAGAAGAAGGUCUCGAGGAGCUGGAUAUUGUUGGAUUGUAAUGGAGAGGGGACCAUGUUAGAUGUGGAUAAGUAUUCUAUCAUGGAGAGGGUUCAGAUUCAUGCUAGAGAUCUUAGGAUCCUUGAUCCUCUCUUAUCCUAUCCUUCUACCAUUUUAGGUAGAGAAAAGGCUAUAGUUCUCAAUCUUGAGCAUAUCAAAGCUAUAAUCACUACAGAUGAGGUAUUACUUAGGGAUCCACUAGAUGAUAAUAUUAUUCCCAUUGUUGAAGAACUUAGAAGGAGAUUGCCUCCUUCAAAUCUUGUUCAUCAAGGUCAUAAAGGAGAUGGGAAGGAUCAUCUCAGUGGGCAAAAUGAAGAAGCAGGAGAAGAAGAUGAGUCUCCAUUUGAAUUCCGAGCACUGGAAGUAGCAUUAGAAGCCAUUUGUAGUUUUCUUGGUGCACGUACAACAGAAUUGGAGACUUCUGCUUAUCCAGCUUUAGAUGAGCUAACCUCCAAGAUUAGUAGCCGGAACUUGGAUCGGGUUCGUAAAUUGAAGAGUGCAAUGACAAGGUUAAUUGCAAGGGUGCAAAAGGUGAGAGAUGAGCUUGAACAACUUUUGGAUGAUGAUGAUGAUAUGGCCGACCUAUACUUAUCAAGAAAAUUGGAUGAGGAUUCUUCACUUGUCAGUGGCUCUGGUGCACCUGAUUGGUUCCCAAAAUCUCCAACUAUAGGAUCAAAGAUAUCCAAAGCAAGCAGGGCAAGUGCUGCAACCUUCCGUGGAGAUGAGAAUGAUGUCGAGGACCUAGAAAUGUUACUUGAGGCAUACUUUAUGCAGAUUGAUGGGACAUUGAACAAAUUGACUACGAUAAGCUGGAGAAAGAUCGCAAUUCGUGAGGGUUUACUUCUUGAAAACCGGAAGUUCUUCUCUGGCAUGUGA